GGGGGAACUGAGAUAUCGGUGUCCGCGUGAAGGGAUGUGGAGAGCUGUACGCGGCACGAGGUAUGCUGGAGUCGGUACGGGAGGAGGGGAUGUAGCCAGGGGAGGGUGCGAGGAACUGGGGCUGGAGCGGCUGGAAGGAGGAGGCCGAGUUGCCGGGAAGCCCUGGGAGCCAGGGAAUGGGUUACGAAGGGCUUUCGGCAGGAGGGAGAUGUGUGCGUGUCUGCCAGGGAGCUGCGGGGGUCUGGAGCUGGGGAGCAGCACGCGCAGUUCAGGGGUGAAAGAGCACAGGGAGACUGAGCACGCAGCGUGGGGUUGUAUGUGAAGUAGAUGCACAAGGGGAGUGUGGGAUACCAGAAGUGUGGGAAGAGAUCUUAUGUGUAAGGAUCACGGGCAGGAGAAGUAUCUGAAGGCAGAUGAAAUGGUCUAUUUGUAAGAGUUUCUACUAGGCGCUGCGCGUGUGUACGUGACGGGGAGCCUGUGCCCUGACCUACUGCAAAGGGGUGAGCAGGGGCUGUCAGCAGAGUGAGGGAGGCUUCUGCAGAGAUGCUCCGAGUUCAUGAGAUCCUUCGGGGUUGGAUGAUGGGAAGAAUCAGAGAAUGGCUUGGGUUGGAAGGGACCUGAAACCUGCCCAGUUCCAACCCCCUGCCAUGGGCAGGGCUGCCCCCCACCAGCUCGGGCUGCCCAGAGCCCCAUCCAGCCUGGCGCUGAGUGCCUCCAGGGGUGGGGCAUCCACAGCUUCUCUGGGCAGUCUGUUCAAGAAUGAUGCUGUAGGGUCCAGAUGGUAAGGGAAAUGAUGGGACAGGUAGGUACGUGCAAGCAGUGAGGCUCCACUUUGGGGGUAAAGGAGUGUCCUGUUCUUCUGUGUGGUCCAACCUUCUGUUCCUGAGGCUGUCAUGUACUGCAUGAUUGAACAUUUGGGGUGUGGAAGAUCGUUGGUGUUCUGAGAGAGUAGACAAAGCAUGACACGGGACACAGAUGGGGGGAAUCAGACGUGACAGUCAACUGUGGGUUACUGUUUGGGCAUAAAACAUGAAGGUGGUGUGGUUACAUGGUUAGUGAUUUAAUAGUAAACAGAAUGAACAAUUGGUCAGGAAAUUGGCAUGAAGCGAAGAGAAGAAGUAUGAACUAAUAAGUGAAAGCAGGGAGUUGAUUGUGGAACAAUCCUAAGCCCGCCAGCAUGAAAGGGAAGGUGCUUUUAUUCUCUAGAUGCCAAACCUUGCUUGGAGUCGGAACAAGACCCUUGCCUUCUGGGAGAGGAGCAGCAGGCCUCGUAGCACUCACCUUGGAAAGCAGCAGCUUCUCCUUGGUUGGGGCAGUUGUUAACCUCACCGAAUUGGGGCUGAGGAGAGGAGGCUGUGCCAAGUCAGGUUUGUCUCACCAAGCCUUGUGGAUGACGGGCUGCUCUGCUGUCAAAAUAGAGUUGGAGGAAGCAGAGGAAACAGCCCUUCUAGUUUUGAGGGGUUCCGGCAGCGUUUUUAUUUUUAUUUGUAAGUAUUUUGUCCUGGAUUUCUCCAUGAAAAGCCCACGCAUACACUAUAGGAGUUGUGAACCAUCCUUAAAUGCAUCAACCUUUAAAACCAGGAAAAGAAGUGAGGCUUAUUUUCUUCUGUUUUGUUGGAAGUUAACAUUCAGUCCGUGAUUGCUCAACACGUUACAAAAACAAGUAUUGGGAAGCUAAGCAAUGUGCUAUGUGAAAUCAAAUUAAAAAACAAAACAACAAAACUUGAAAGGCUGUGGAACGAAAGAAGUGACGUACCUGAAGAGCUUUAGUCCUGUCUUCUUUCUGUUCGCCUCUCUGCGGCUUUAUGAGGCUAUAAGGCCUGCUUGCAGUGGUGUGAUGCUACAGGUGUGGGGCUGGUGGAGCCGUGUAAGGGCUGGCAGGUGGCUGUAGUGCCUCCAUCCAGCACAAGGAUGUCCCAAUCCUAUAACAGCUUGAGGAGCUUUCUCUUGGAAAUGGUAGGAGUUGCUCCGGUGAGAGAUUACAGCCGUUUUGGAUGAUGUGGUGUGAUGGCUCUGGUUGGUUUUUUGUUUUCCUUUAGCACCGAUCUCCAAAAAAGAUAAUUUGCAAUGAACGUGGCCUUUUUUCUUAGCCGGAGCAUAAAAAUGGCUCAAGGGCUCAUAUUUUCUCCCCUUGCCGGCUUCUCCUCUAACAACAAAAGAAAGGCAGCAUUCUUAUUUUAAGUUGGAGUUAGCGACCGUGGCAGGUUUUGGAUCUGGGAAUUUUCCCACUGAGGUGGGGCUUUUGAUGGUGGUUUUUGGUUGGGUCUCUUUUUGUGGCAGAGGGGUCUUGGGAUCUUGGGUCUCACUGCACUGUUGUGAACUCUUAACACCUUAAUUGAAGGGGUGGAGAUGCUGAAGCAUUAACAAAGACCUCCUUUAUCCAAAAUGUUAAUCAAUCAUUGACGUUAAAUAAGUGUGAACAAAACCAACUUAAAAAAAAAACACACACACACACACACACACACACACACAAAAAAAAACCCCUAAACAAGUUUUUGUCCAAGUUUCCCCCCUCCCAUUCGGGGUUGCUCAGUCUUCGGUCAGGUUAGCGUUAGCAAUUCUUUUGGGGGGUGUACUUUAUGUGUGCUCACGUGUACUUGGUUUUGAUGGUGGUGUUGGGUAAAAAUUACGUCUCCGACUUCCCAGUAUGUAUCCUUUUCUUUCCCAGGCAAAUGAUUUGCUUCGUAGGUGCGAUAGAAUUGUUUUGAGAGAAGCUGCGCUCUGCUGCGGUGCGAGGGAAAUAGCAGCGAUAUGACAAUGCAGUUGUAACCGUUUUCUUGUGGGGGAAGGGUGCGUGCGUGGUGUCUUUUGGGGCUCUUGUGAGGUGUGGGGGAAGAUGCUUUGCUUUUGGCUCUUGGGAUCGGUUCGCUUGUUUGUCGGUCGACACGGUCUUCUAGGCAGGACCUGAAUUUUCAUGUGAAAGAAAAUAAAUAGGUUUCCGUUCAUACAACCAGAAACUUCGUAGAUCUGUUUUGUCUAUUAUGAAUACAAAGAGCGUGGACUCUUUUCUUCCCUGCACUUCCCUCCCUCCCCAUCUUGCAUUUAAUCUUUGCAGUUCGUGUACUUGGAUUAUUUUCAGUUAGUCCGCAGCCAAAGGAACUGCAUUGGUCACUGGAUACCCAAAUAUAGAAACUAAGGCACCUAUAAGCCACAGGGCUGAAAUAUUCACGUGCAGCAGUUCUUGUGAAUGAUUUGUAUGUACGAGGUGGAUAAGAAUGGAGUAACCUUUGAUCCAUCCUUCCUAGCUAUUCAAAGACUUGCUGCUCCCUAAUAUGUUGAAUUUCCAUCCUUAUUUCUACCGGAUUUUUUCUAGAUUGUUGUUUCUUCUUGAGUUCCUAACACGCUGUGGCAGUUCUGUGGCCUCGCAAGCCCUGUGUGUGGCUUUAGAAUUGGUCUUUUAUAAAUUCAGUGGAAAAAAACCCUAAAUUCCUUAUAUUUAUCUUAGGGAGCAACCAACGCUUAAGUGAGUAUUCAAACUCAUUCACAUCCUAAAUGUCGACCGCGUUACCCAGCAGGAUGUGAUCUCUCCCACUUUCUAGAAGUUUACCAGGAUUUCUUCAAAGCAAGGCAGGCAGCCUUCAUAAAAUCCUGCUAUCUAGUUUGCAUGGCCUUGGACUUCACAGAAAUCUCGGUGCCUCAGUAAGGUCUGUGGUCUGUUUACAUAGAUAUCAAGUCCUUUAACCCAGCAAGAUUUGCUGUGGGCUAGGAUUUCCUGCUUACAAGCUCAGCUGGAGUCCCUCUAGUCUUCCUGCUGGCAAAAUGAAGGUGUUAACUCAGGUUUGGAGUGCAUUUUGUGAAUGGAAGGAGAUUUCUUUAGCUUUUUUUUUUUUUUCCCCCUUUGGUCUGAGUACUGCUGUGCCUAUCGUGUUUAAAAUGCCUGUCCCCAUAGCUUUGCUUGCCUUGUUACGGUUUUCUUCUCCUGCUUUAAUUCUUUUGGGGCUGGAUAUCCAUUGCGGCAGGGUUGUGCGAGCACAGAACGGGGACCUUACACAGAAUUAGGGACUGCAGAUGAUCUUGUCAAAUUUGAGCAGAAAAAACCCAAGCCAUCUGUUGGGAGAUUUUGGAAGUUUCCUUCAAGACCAGGAUGUCUUACAAACACUGGCUAACUCUGUAACAACAGCAAGACAUAAGAGGGUAUUAAAGAUGCACUGAAUCCAAAUUAACUGUCUCAAUAUUGACUUUAAACUGAGCAUCAUUCAUAUUCUUGCAAAAAUGGGGUGGCAUUUUCAGACAGUACCCUUAGCUGUAGGCCUGUCUACCUGCUGUUCAUAUGCCCGUGAGUGGUUCUUUCUCUGUGGCAGAGCUGGCUUUUGAGGAGCCUGACUGCUGGACCCUGCACCAGUCCUUCCUUCAUGCCAGUGCUGCCUGAGCAGCUGGAUGCUGAAAUGGAUCAAGGGACCAAUCUGGGCUAUAAGUAGCCUGGCAAAAAAAAAAAAAAAAAAAAGAGGUUAUAUUUAGCCUGGAUCAGUUUGCCAGAGUAGUUUGGUGUUUGGCCAGGCAUGCGGUGGCACUGGCACAUCAGACAGCGUGGUGCAGGGGUGGAAGUAAAUCUUGGUAGCAGCAGUCUUUUCAGCUGGCAUCGCUGCCAAAAGGAGCGCUCACCUAACUGUCCCCCUAAGAGUCUGCUAAACUCGCUAAAUGUUAUUUACACCUAUUUGUUACAGCUUCCCUUGCCUGAGAAUGAUUCCUUCAGCUUAUCUUAUCCUUUCUGCCAAAAGUGCUUCUCAUCCCUGAACGCGUGUCCUGAGUAUGAGAAGAGAAGCCGAGGUUAAGCAUUAGUGGGGGCGAAAAGAGGAGCGUGGCUGUUGAGCUAUGGAGAAGUUUCCGUUGCUUCAUGACUGCCUGAUGAUACAGAACAUGUAGUGUAAAUUGCUGAUAGAAUAUUUAGCGUGGUUGCAAUUAAGCAGUGAAACUCACGCUGUGAGAAUCAUCAGGAGCGAGAAUUCAACAAGAGUUAAAAGGAUCAGAUGUCUGUAGGAAUAUGAAGAAUAUUCAAUUAUCAUAAUCAGUGACAGUAAAAAUUUUGGAAGAAGUAUUGAGCCUGUGAUCUAAACCUUGAUUUUAUUCUGCUCUCACAGAUGUGCUUCUAUAUUGGGAGAAGAGGGGGAGGGCAGGGGUUGUUUUGCCCGCCUUUACUGUGGCGGUCUCGCACGCUUCUCUAGAAACUUGAUUGGUACCAGGAUUUGAGAUGUGCCUUUCAACUGCAUAGGCUUCUGAUUUUCUCUCGGUGACCCUCCUGAAAUCUGGUCUGAGCUUCUAAGCCAUGGCCGUGGUGGACGGUGACCUGCUGCUCCCCGAGUUGGUGUGUUUGCUUCACUCCUGCUUCUGUGAGUUGUUCCCCAGGGUUCUGUUUUUCCUCUGCUUGGACGACACUCACUGAAUCUAUUUUAAGGGCUGUUAGGAGAUCGCAGUUUACUGUAUUUUUAAGAAUGAGUCUUAUCUCUUCCAGGUAGCUGAACGUGCUUCAAGAUCCCUUGUUUUUCAGAGAGACUUAAAGGCAGAGGUGCACUGUUCCCUGCUUGGCCUCUGAGAAGGAGCUUGUGGAAUAGGGAAUGGAGACGAGAAGUGGCACUGUAAGGUGGCUGGUUUGUUUGUCUGCUUGCUUCUGAAGCCUAGCCGGAAUCAAUGAAAUGCUUUUGAAGGAGAGAGAAUGGCAAGUAUGCUUUACAUGUGACACAAUUUAUCUCAACAAAGCGAGGCUGAGAGGUGCGGGAGCCAUGUCCUCUGAGAGUUCACUGAGAAUCGGGUGCUGUGGUCUCGAAAACAAUAGUGAUUUUAAGUGCUCCUUAGAGAUACAAUCUAUGGCCAAAAGAGUGCGUGAUAUAUGUGAUAAUUUAACUGCAUACGGAAUGGAAGGAGUGUUUGCUUCCUUCUGUAUUCAGGUCGGAGUAGUUGUGAUUCAGGCACAGAUAGCACGUGAGCAGUUCUUCUGAGCUGGCUGUCCAGUUUGUAUGACCACUGGGCCGUUUAAGAAACAAAAUGCUUUAAAUCUGCAUUUCCACUCGAGUACUGCACAUGAAAGAGUUUUCGCCACCCAUGUGGCAUAUACGGGUUGGUGCAGAAUCUGAAGGAAGAUUCUCUUUUGGUAGCUCACUGCUAAAAAACAGUGGGUAAGGUCAAGCAGCGGAUCCUUCUUCAGCUUACUCAGAGCUCUACCCUCUGCAUUUUGCUGAAGUGACUUCCUUGGGCAUCUCGAUACCGCUGUUCCUUUGCCUACAAAAUGGCAGUGGUUUAUCUACGUACCGAUCUGGUUUUGUUUGAGGAUUGAUUAGAGGUGUAUUUGCAGUGUAAUAUAAGCUGUAGCCCGUCAAAGCAGGGCAGCCACAGCUUCUGCAAUCGGAGCUGUUGCAGUAGAGUUGAGGCCAUCCUGGGUGUGGAGGAGCUCUUCUCAGAACCCGCGCGAGAGGAAUUGAAAUGUUCUGCAGCAUUUUAUGUGUAUGAAUGAGAAGGGAGUAAAGAACUUCAGGCUGAAAUGGCUUGACAGCUUGUUAGCAAAAAAAAAAAAAGCUCUCUUCUGCCUCAAAAAAAAUAAAAGCCCUUAACCUUCUUCUGGUUGGGGAUAGAAAGUUGAAACUGUCAGGCAAAUAGCCACCAUCCAGGAGAAAUGCUUCUGAAUGUUCUCGUGAAAGGUAGCUUUGAUUUGACAGCUGCAAGGCUUUGAGAGUAGCGCUCUGUUUAUACAGCGCUGUAAAUACUUUGAAGUUCUUUAGGCUUUGCUGUGCACGCGUGGCUACCUAGGAAAAUACUAAAUGUGUACAUGUUGGUCGAAUGAGGGAGGAUUCUGCAGCAGCUGGAAUUGCGUGUACUUUGCGCUUCUAUAGGAUCGUGUCAAGGCAGUAGGUUAGAUAAUAGGCCUGAUGGUAGAGUUUCUUAAUUUCUUGGCAAAAUAGAACUUUUACGUGCAGUGUUUUUGCGAUCUUUUAGGUGACCUCCCGUUAUUUAACAAAUGUCGGUUUUUCAUCCCGGCAGCUUUGAUACAAUCAUGUAGCCUCCUGGAGCAUGGUGUGCGCGCCGUCUUUGCUUGUAGAGUUCUUUGAAGUGCCUUCCUCCUCAGAAGAAUCAUUGCUGUGCUGACGAGCUGACGUUUAACAGCUAGGAAACCAGCAUGCAGAAGCACCGUGCUGGGUCACUAGAGAUGGUGAUGCUUGUAAUGUGCCCAACGUGGAUCUAAAAGCGGGGAAAGGAAAGGUUCAGCACAGCCUCAGUAACCCGCACGUGAGGGCUGUGGCCGUAGGCGUGCGUGCUUCACCCUGCCAACCUGCCAGGCUGGGAGAGCCUGGCGUUAGAAGGCUGCAAGAGGGCUUGUGCAGGUGGGGGAACAGCUGGUGGUGGUGGUCGUCUUGAAAGAGAACUGAUGCGUGAGAGCAGUGAUGCUGAGGGGGAAUCUUGGGAAGCUGCUCGUCUGGGAUGGGGGGGAGGCCGGGUCACUGGUCAGCCGAGGUUAGAUGAGGGAAGGUAUGUGGGGUGUGGUGUCCCCACCCAGCAUACCCAGUAGCUACAGCUUGCGGUAGCACCGGGACCUCCGUGGAGGAGGUCUGUGCUGUGCUGAUCCAGCCUAGCCCCGUUUAGCUUAUGAAAACUGACAAGAUUGCAGCCUGAGGUGUUAUGCCUGAGGACUGUUUCAUAGCUUUCAUUCUGGAAGGCUGGUGAGGGGAUGCCAAAACGAAACGAAGAAGCACUUGCUUUUUUUUUUCUUCUUCCCCUCCAUUCUGAGCUGAUAGGUAACUUAUUUCUCCCAAGGCUUCUGCUUAAACUAUGUGGUCCUCCCACGUAUUGAAGAACAAACUCAAUGUCUCUUCAGUCCUGUAUCCCCAUCCACUGUUUUCAAUUUUUUUUCUUCCUCCUCACUCUUCCCGUGGGUUAGUUUGUGAAGAAUGGGCUUCUGGAAAGCUUUGUACAGGUUUCUUUUACCUAUGGUUGUUGUUCGUGCUGAUGUCACUGCUUACGUUUAAGACAGGUCAAACCCAGAGGAGUAGGGGAGAUUGCCUCUGGCUGCAGUCGUGUUAUCUUUUUGCCCCAAACAGGUGUGAUCUUGACAGGAGGCAAAGCUACGAAGGCAGCCUGUGGACAUCUCUGGCACUAUCCACUGGACCCCACCACAUAAUGUUGACUGAUGCUAGGUCUGUUAACUGCUGACAUGAUGUAGAAAGUUGCAGAAGCCUGUCGUAUAUUAGGGAAAUGUUGUUAAAGCGUUUCUUGAGAAAUCCCUGAUUGCUAAAAGCUUUUGAUCUUUGUCAGUGUUAACAAUAGUAGGAACUCCAGAGCAGACAGGCUGCUGCUCAGGUAAGUGACACUCCACGUAAAGUGCUUAAAACUCCAGCUGUAACAUAUAUGAGUACAGAAACAGCUUUGCUGAUGUAAGUAGAGCUGGAAUCACUCUGGCUGCUGUGCUGGGGGGUGCUGAGGCUGGUGCAAGUGAGACACUGCAGCACAUCAUGGCCGCAGUGCACCAAGCACCCUGGCGGCAUCCUGGCCAACCUGUAGCUGCAAAGUUGGUGAAGCCACGGUGUUAACAACGGGAAUUGUUUAUACCGUAAUUGUACGGAAGCAGAUAGUUGUAGCUUUGGUGUGUUGGUGUGUUGUGGAACUGUGUCAGAGAUUGCAGAGGACUCUGGAUGUCUGUGGACAGCUUGAAUCUGCUCACCAGCGUCUAUUAAUAUCUGUCUCCCCCCGUUGCUUUGUGGAAGGAGUUGUGGAAAGAGCUGUAUGAAAUCAGAAACUGUCAGUGAAUGGUGAUCGUCCUCCUUGUCUUCAGAGCACAAUGAAGUGUUGUUACGGCACCAAAAGUAAAGUUUAAUGGACGUAUCAUGGACAGCUUUUAUGGUUUACUGGUCCACUCGCCUACUGCAAAAGAUUGUUUUAGAAUGGUUUCUGUAAAUACGCAGAAUGAAUAACUACUUAAACAGCCUUUACAUCAGAGCUGCUGUUAGUUAUCCUUGUGCUUGUCAGAAGGAAGAGAACAGUCAGUGGGCUGUUGCAUUAGGAGUAUCGUAAAACUCUGUUCUCUGAUCCUUGGGUUGGGAUUGUGCUUUGUCAGUGGUGGUUCUGACUGCAUUUUUAUGAUUGGAGAAUGGAAGGUAGAACUUUCUGUGGCUUUCUCUGCUUAUUUCAAGUGGACUUUGGGGGAGACUGGUUCUUUGGGAAACAUCCAUACGGUGGUAGAAGUAAGGGGAGGGAAAGCAUGGAAGGAAGUAUCUAUGCUAUCUUAACCAAGGUGUGUGAAUGUGUAGACAUGCCUAGGUCCAGUGGGGUUGCACUUAUAUGACCACACAUCACAUUUGCGUGGUGUGUUUUUUCCCUAUAGUUUCAGGGAGGUUUAUACCAUGGUUGUGAAAUCUUACGUACAAAUCUGAGCUACUCAAAGGGACUUAUUUUCCUGUAAUGGCAUAGUCUCUCUCUUUUUUCCCCAUGUAAAUGUGCUUGUAGAUCAUCAAGUAUUGAUUUUAUGCGUGCCUAUCUUUGCUCAGUCCUUUUCUCUGUGCUUCAAGGCAUGGAGUUAGUUUUGAGCAGUAACCUGCCCGUGAUUUAGAGGUUAGUGGAGUGGUGGAUUCACAGUAUGUGUACGAGGAAGGUUGUUUGUUUCAUCAGCCUCUUUUGGAAGUUGUAGUGAGCCUUGUCCCGUAUUCAUGUAGUGAAAUGAAUGUAGGUGACAGGAUUUGGAUUCUUCUUUUGAUUGACAGUUGCUUCUGGUGAAAGGCUGUCAGCAAAGAGGUAAUGCUGUGAACACUUCUCUGACGUGUGCAUAAGAAGUUCUUGGGGGGGACCUUAUGCGUGCCAUCUUUUUUUAUUGCCAAGACAUAAACAUGGCAAAGUCCAUACUGUUUUAGGGUAGGUUAGGAUGCGUCUAGAAACGUGUCUGGCUGUGAGCUGCUGUUCAGUCAGCUCAGUAUUAACAAGUUGGCUCUUGAUCUUCAUAGAAUCACUGACUAUCCUGAGCUGGAAAGGACCCAUAAGGAACACUGAAUCCAACUCCCAGCUCUGCACAGAACCACUGACCACCAUACAAACCCUAUGUCUGAGGGUGGUGUUGAAGCACUCCCUGCAGUCUGGCUCAUGGGGCCGUGCCCACUGCCCUGGGCAGCCCGUUCCAUGCCUACUGCCCUCUGGUGUAGAACCUGUCCCUAACCCCCAGCUGCCCCUCCCCUGAUGCAGCUUCACGCCAUCUUGAUAAAAGAAUUUGUGAGUAAAUGGAAUCUGUAGCUUACCUCAGGUGGUGACAGAACUUGCUAGCUUUCCCAGAUCAGCAGCUGGGUUGGGGCAGAAUAUGAUCCAUGGGCCAUCUGAGGUGCCCCCGGAGCAAAUAGCCUCUACCAUUCUGGCAGAAGGAACACAUGAAUGUGUCAUCUGGAAGUCUACUGAGUUAUGAUGCUGGUUGUUUAGAGGAUGAGGUUUGCAGUCACUGCUAUGGAGAGGGCGUGACAACAGCUUACCAUCUACUCAUUACUUACUUGCACAAGCAGAAUUGUAAUAUGUCCAGGUGACGUGUGUUGCUCAUGUGUCUCUGGCCCUGGUAGUUUUUUAGGUACCCGGCGUAUUUUCUGCUCUCACUUAAGAAAAAUCGCAGAAGAAGUAGGCAAGGGAACAAUGUAGGUGUGUUUGAACAACCAGCUGAAACCUAUGCACGUCUGCCUGCUUUGUGCCAACACCAGUGAGCGUGCAGCCACCCGGUUGGCUGAAGCAGGAAGGUUGUCUGCUGAGAAUUAAUCCUGUCUUUUCUAGAGCUAGUUUUCAGCUGGGUCACGAGUGCGGAUGGUGGCUGGAAGGGCUAGACUUGGAUAGUCUUAGGCUGAUAGACGUUAUUUCCUUGGCUGCAGCACGUGCUUGGCAUGCAGAAGGUAGGGCAGUGUUUUGACAAGCCCUUCUGAAUGCAGGUGGGUCCAGCACUGGUUGUAUUACAGGUAUGUGCUUUGUCCUGGGAAAGGGUGAGAACUGCAUUUGCUGAGACGUGGGGGCGAUUUAAAGGUGUAGUUAAAAGUCCCUGGUAGGGGCUGUAUCUAGAAGUAUGGACUGGCUUGAGGUAUUAAGAGUGUUCUGUGUCCCCACCUCCUCAGUUGUCAUGGGGAGAUGUGUGUGGUGUUGGAACACUCAUGUCGACUUGUCUGUUUGCUUACACAUGAUCUUAAAGGAGUGUGACAGCUGAAUAAAAGCGUUGAAUAACACUUCCUGCGUCCUCCUUGUUUCCUAGUUGCACUCUUAUCAAUGAGGUGUGUAAUCAGAUACUCUGUUAAACAGCAGCUUAUUAAAAGAAAAAAAAAAACUAACACGUGCAGUUCACUUGCAAGCGUGCAGGAAAGGCAGAUGUUAACCAACUGUUAAGAUGUGCAUGUGUUUGAAAACCAGCCGCAAACCUGGGCUCACCUUUUGCCAGCGUAGGUGUUGUCCCUCUUAAGUGGUUAAAUGGGGGUGGGGGAAAUAGCACGUGCCCUUCCCAGCCCAGUUGUGCGAAGGGAGCGUGUGGGUUCAUCCGUUGCCUUACCCCCUCUCUCCAGUCGCGUGGGGAACCCAGUGCUGGAUGCACACAUUUCUUCCUAGUGGCAGCAGCUCAGACAGCUCCUGCUGCUGAUGCCACUGCUCUCGGUCCCUCCCGAGGCUGCAGCUCUUUGCGGAGCAGUCUCUUAACUCCAGCUGCUCUCUCAUCUCUUUGCCACUUCACUACCCCAGCUCCAAUUCAGGGUGCUGGCUCAGCUUGCAUUCAAAGCCACCACUUGUUUUCAGUAGCAGCGGGUUCCUAGCCUUUUUCUUUUUCCAUGCUGAUUUUGGGCUCUUGCCACCCUUGGUCCAGCACAGAUUGACAGCCUCAGAAAGGCUGUGCAGGAGGGGGGGAAAAAAAGAGCUGCACUCUUUCUUGUACGCUAAGAGGUUUCUUGCCUUUAAUGCUUCGUGUCACAGUUGAGGCCAUAAGUUGGAUACUUUUAUCUACUUGGUAUGCCUUUAUUUCAUCUCCACAUUCUUCUCCUCAAAGAGGGAGAAAAGACUGAAGUGAAUCAGCAGUAGCUACAGCUGCUACUGCUGGAGCAGCCACAAUGCCGUACACCUCCGAGUACCUGCCACUUGUUGCUCUCAAGCAAUGCGAGCACUGCUUCUGCAGUCUUGAGGGCACAAAGGGGAACUAAGCUAGUUUGUGUGGUUUGUUUUUCCUUCUUUUGACUUCUUUUUGCAUCAGUAAUAUGGUGGUUAGUUCAUGGAAGAUGGUCCAUGAGUAAGUUACAGUUAGGUAAGCUAAGGUGAGCAUCUGUGUCUUGUUAGUUACUCAGUGGCUGCCUGUGUGCAUGCUCUCACCCUUUUGCUGAGAGGCAAGCUGUCUUAUGCUGGCUGUGGGCUAAGACUGCUGGUGAGCAGCAAAGGGAAGUAAAACUAGAGGGUGGCAUUACCUUGCAGUUACCCAGCCUGGGUCACCUCAAGGUGGCUCAUGUUUGUUCCUCUCGUGGCGCUCACCUUAGUUCUGUAAGGCUUUCUCCAGUGCUGUGCUGAGUUGAACUCGAAUGUUUCAAGCAAUAGAGCUCUAGCCAUUUCUUCUGAUAGAUUCUAUCUCGUCGUGAUGUGUGCUGGUGUUUAAGCUUUCUCUUUUAAGGGAAAGGGCGAAUUUGUUGCCUCUGUUGACAGCGGUGUGUCAGUAUAGGUACUGACAUGGCACAGCCAGUGUUGUUCUCUUGGCUGGGGAAAGUGAAGAAGCGAUAGGAGCGGGUAAUUGGACUCCGGGAUGAUUGUGCUGCUGUGGUACGUUUUGCUGGAUGAAGCAGCUCGUUGCGAUAGGUAUUUGUUUCAGCUUCUGCGUGCAGGUGUGACUUAGCUAGAUAAGGAUGGUCUAUCACGCUGAUGAUUUCAUUGUUUGAUUUGGCCGGAUUGAGUGGAGAAUGUAGCUCCAUUGUUUGGGACCAGCUUUGUAGUUUGGUUCUGUCGAAGUGUAUUGCACGGCAAGGUAUUGCCUCAUUGUGAAGGUGAAGCUGCAGUAGAUAACAGUUGGAGAACGUCGGAGGGAAGAGGACGUGCAGAGCGUUUCACAGUACAUAAGCAACUGAGCCUCGCAGCAGCUCCUGUCGGAGGGAUCUGGUCAGCAGAACGGGCAGAGGUAGCACAGAAAAAGCCCCGGCAGCUCUUUUGGUGUGCAGUCUUACUAACUGCAAGGCUGUGUGCUGCUGUAACCGUGGGGUGCUCUGAGAGACUGCGUUGGCUCUGACAGUUUGGAUGCUGUCUGGAUUCAUACUGCUCCUGCAGCCUCUCUGGUUUUCAGAGUGGGUGAAGGAGAAGAAGCCGGCAGGUAGCUAGCUGCUCUUUCUUUACCGACCUCAAAUUUACUACUGAGCUGCGCCUCACAGUCCGUUUCCCUGUGUUUUCUUUGAGAUGUGGCUGAGCAUUAGUGUUGCAGGGUUGCCUCCAGUAGUGAAAGUGUGGCUGAUCUAUUCUUACCCUAUGAACUCCUUUUGACCUACAGCCGUAGUGCAAAGGGUCCUGUCUGCACUUCUCACAAGCAAACUUUUGGGCUGUCUUGCACUGAAAGGUUUUCACGUGAGUUCCCUUCUCCCCAGGGCAUAGCACGGUAACAUGAAAUAAGGGCUGGUAGGACAGCAGGUUGUGCGUCUUCCUUCCAAAACCUGCUUGGUUUUCCCCUAGAUGUGAUGGAGCCGUUAGCUGGCUUUGCCUCUUGCUUCAUGUUUUUAUGUAUGGCUUCUGUGGAUGUGGAAGGGGUAUUGUAUCGAGCAUAGGGGUUUGGCUGGACUCACGGUGAAGGGAAAGUGAGCCUUUGAAGAAGAAUGGGUGCAGAGAAAGGGGAGGUUGCUCGUAUGAGCCUUGCCAGCUUCUCAGAGCACAGAUGAGCUCAUGGGAAACCAGCGUGCUCAAAUGUGGGAGUGUUGAAGCAGGUCUGAGCUACCUCCCCUCUGCACAUCCUCGUGCUGCAGACUUCUUCAGAUGAUUCUAGUCUGAUGUUGGCGUUUUUGUUGCCAGCCUAGGCAAAGGCUCUCCCCAUCAGUGAUCGAGAGCAAGUUUUGACUCCUCUGCUUCUGGGGUUAGGUGCAGGGAAGGGAGGGGUGGCAGCUGGCUGGGCUGUGUGUUCUUGUUGCUGAAACUCUGCCUCUCUCCUUGUUUUCAGGUGAUAAUUGCUUGUGAGAGGAGUGGUUUGCACCUCAUGGCCUCCACAAUGAGUACUGCUGUGUCGUGACGCCAGGGGUCUUGUGUGCCCUGGAGAUGCGAGACUUCCCCUGGGCAGCAGGAGGUACGCGUCUAGAGAAUGCUGGAGCUGCAGGAGGGAAGCACCCCGUGCAAAACCAGAGAGGAGCAAAGAGAAAAAAGGCAAGCAGACAGACAGCGCUGAGAGAAGCGGGUGGCAGAAAGUGCUACGGAGCUGCCUCUGGUGGCACAGUCCCCAGAGGAACUUGACGAGAGCCCAUCUGCGUGUGUGUGAGACUGAGCUCAGGAUUUCUGUCAAUGCAUUCCAGUAACCCCAAAGUGAGGAACUCCCCGUCAGGCAACACACAGAGUAGCCCCAAAUCAAAGCAGGAGGUGAUGGUCCGUCCCCCUACAGUGAUGUCCCCGUCUGGCAACCCCCAGCUGGAUUCCAAGUUUUCCAACCAGGGCAAACAGGGGGGCUCGACCAGCCAAUCCCAGCCCUCUCCCUGUGACCCCAAAAGUGGAGGUCAUCCCCCGAAAGUGCUCCCUGGCCCAGGUGGGAGCAUGGGGCUGAAGAAUGGGGCUGGAAAUGGUGCCAAGGGGAAGGGAAAGAGAGAGAGAAGCAUUUCAGCGGACUCCUUUGAACAGAGGGAAGCUGGGACUCCUAAUGACGACCCUGAAAUCAAAGACUGCAAUUCUGCUGAUCAUGUGAAGUCCCAGGAUUCUCAGCACACACCGCACUCCAUGACACCUUCAAAUGCUUCAGCCCCAAGGUCUUCCACACCUUCCCAUGGCCUGACUGCUGCUUUGGAGCCAGCAAGUGGGCAGAAGACUCCAUCCAAAGUGGUUUACGUCUUUUCUACUGAGAUGGCCAACAAGGCUGCAGAAGCCGUGCUGAAGGGACAGGUGGAAACCAUCGUGUCCUUUCAUAUCCAGAACAUCUCAAACAGCAAGGUGGAACGAAACACUGUACCCUUGAACCCCCAGAUCAAUGCACUUCGGACUGAACCCAAACCCCUGCCGCAGCCACAGCCCCCUGCUGCCCAGGACCAGAACCCUCCUCAGAACGCCAAAAUGCAGCCGACUCCACCUGUGUCAGCACCAGUAUCCAAAUCCACUGGUCCCCCGUGUCCCAUAGACCAGGACAGUCCCAGUGUGGAAAGCAAAGUGAUGUCUGUGGGCAGCCCUGCCAACUCGACCCCGCUGCAGACAGAAGGAUUUGGGCAGAGUUCAACCCCCAAUAAUCGAGCAGUUAGCCCCGUUUCCCAAGGUAGCAAUAGCUCUGCUGCAGACCCCAAAGGUCCUCCCCAGCAGGUGUCUGGUGGGGACCCAUCCAGUUUGGGUGAGAAUCCAGAUGGACUGUCGCAGGAGCAGCUGGAACAUCGAGAGCGCUCAUUGCAGACCCUGAGAGACAUACAGCGCAUGCUCUUCCCUGAUGAGAAGGAGUUUGCUGGAGGGCAAAGUGGAGGGCCACCUCCAAAUUCUGGGGUGAUGGACGGUCCCCAGAAGAAACCCGAAGGGCCAAUACAGGCCAUGAUGGCUCAAUCCCAAAGUUUAGGCAAAGGGUCAGGGUCUCGGACAGACGGAGGGGCCCCAUUUGGCCCUCAAGGACACAGGGACAUGCCCUUUUCCCCAGACGAAAUGGGGCCACCACCAAUGAACUCCCAGUCGGGACCUAUAGGCCCGGACCACCUGGACCACAUGACUCCUGAGCAGGUGGCCUGGCUCAAGCUGCAGCAGGAGUUCUACGAGGAGAAGAGAAGAAAGCAAGAGCAGGUUGUCGUGCAGCAGUGUUCCCUGCAGGACAUGAUGGUCCAUCAGCACGGGCCUCGUGGGGUUGUCCGAGGCCCCCCUCCUCCCUACCAGAUGACCCCUGGGGAAGGCUGGGGACCUGGGGGUCCAGAGCCCUUCCCUGAAGGCAUGAACAUGUCACACUCUCUGCCCCCCAGGGGCAUGGCCCCUCAUCCCAACAUGCCUGGGAGCCAGAUGCGCCUGCCUGGUUUUGCGGGAAUGAUGAACCCUGACAUGGAGGGCCCCAAUGUCCCAAAUCCUGCCUCUCGGCCGGGGCUUUCAGGAGUCAAUUGGCCAGACGACGUGCCAAAAAUCCCAGAUGGCCGAAACUUCCCUCCUGGCCAGGGUGUCUUCAGUGGCCCUGGCCGAGGGGAGCGGUUCCCCAACCCGCAGGGCCUGCCGGAAGAGAUCUAUCAGCAGCAGCUGGCUGAGAAGCAGAUGGGCCUCCCUCCUGGCCUCAAUAUGGAAGGCAUCAGGCCUGGCAUGGAGAUCAACAGAAUGAUCGCCUCCCAGAGACACAUGGAGCCUGGGAAUAACCCCAUCUUCCCUCGCAUGCCAGUGGAAGGGCCCAUGAGCCCCUCCAGGGGGGACUUCCCAAAAGGAAUGCCCCCCCAGAUGAGCUCUGGCAGGGAGCUGGAGUUCGGGAUGGGCCCUGGUGGCAUGAAGGGGGACAUGGGCAUGAAUGUCAGCAUGGGCUCCAACCCACCCCUGGUACCUCAGAAGUUGAGGGAGGCGGGAGUCGGGCCGGAAGAGAUGAUGAAACUGCGACCGGGUGUCUCGGAGAUGCUCUCCUCUCAGCAGAAGAUGGUGCCGCUGCCGUUUGGGGAGCACCCGCAACAGGAGUAUGGCAUGGGUCCCAGGCCUUUCCUUCCCAUGUCUCAGGGCCCGGGAGUUGGUCUCCGAAACCUCAGAGAACAGAUGGGGCCUGACCAAAGGACUAACAACCGGCUCAGCCACAUGCCGCCACUACCUCUCAAUCCCACCAGUAACCCUAAUAGCCUCAACACUGCUCCCCCUGCGCAGCGCAGCCUGGGCCGCAAGCCCCUGGAUAUCUCUGCAGCCGGUCAGGUGCAUUCUCCAGGAAUCAACCCUCUGAAGUCUCCCACCAUGCGCCAGGUCCAGUCUCCCAUGAUGGGGUCUCCCUCGGGGAACCUCAAGUCUCCUCAGACGCCCUCCCAGCUGGCAGGAAUGCUCGCAGGCCCCACCGCCGCAGCUGCCGCUGCUUCCAUCAAGUCCCCCCCGGUCUUGGGGUCUGCUGCUGCUUCUCCUGUCCACCUCAAGUCACCGUCUCUCCCCGCACCUUCUCCGGGAUGGACUUCGUCUCCAAAGCCUCCUUUGCAGAGCCCUGGCAUCCCCCCGAAUCACAAGGCGUCUCUCACCAUGUCUUCUCCGGCCAUGCUGGGGAACGUGGAGUCGGGUGGUCCACCUCCUUCCACUGUCAGCCAGCCUGCUCCUGUGACUCUCCCUGGAAAUCUUCCCUCUAGCAGUCCUUACACAAUGCCUCCAGAGCCGACCCUCUCCCAAAAUCCUCUCUCCAUUAUGAUGUCCAGGAUGUCCAAAUUUGCCAUGCCCAGCUCAACACCGCUCUAUCACGAUGCCAUCAAAACUGUGGCCAGUUCAGAUGAUGACUCCCCUCCUGCACGCUCCCCAAACUUGCCACCUAUGAACAGUGUACCAGGAAUGGGCAUUAAUUCUCAGAAUCCUCGAAUUUCAGGUCCAAACCCUGUGGGUCCAAUGCCAACCCUUAGCCCCAUGGGAAUGACCCAGCCUCUUUCCCAUAACAACCAGAUGCCCUCUCCAAAUGCUAUGGGACCCAAUAUACCUCCUCAUGGGGUCCCUGUGGGACCUGGCCUGAUGUCACACAACCCGAUGAUGGGGCAUGGUUCCCAAGAGUCUCCAAUGGUACCUCAAGGACGCCUGGGCUUCCCACAGGGGUUCCCUCCUGUACAGUCUCCUCCACAGCAGGUGCCAUUCCCACACAACGGGCCCAGCGGCGGACAAGGCAACUUCCCGGCGGGAAUGGGUUUCCACGGAGAAGGACCUCUGGGGCGUCCCACCAACCUGCCCCAAAGUUCGACAGAUCCAGCACUUUGCAAGACUGGAGGCCCUGGUGGUCCAGACUCCUUCACUGUUCUUGGAAACAAUAUGCCUUCAGUUUUCACUGAUCCAGAGCUGCAGGAGGUGAUCCGUCCUGGAGCCACGGGAAUUCCCGAGUUCGACCUGUCCCGGAUUAUCCCAUCGGAGAAGCCCAGCCAGACGCUACAGUAUUUCCCUCGCGGAGAGGUGCCAGGCCGCAAGCAACCACAGGGCCCUGGGCCUGGCUUCUCCCAUAUGCAGGGGAUGAUUGGAGAGCAGACCCCGCGGAUGGGACUAACAUUGCCUGGCAUGGGGGGCCCCGGGCCGGUGGGAACUCCGGAUAUCCCUCUCGGGACGGCUCCGUCCAUGCCGGGUCACAACCCGAUGAGACCGCCAGCCUUUCUGCAGCAAGGCAUGAUGGGGCCGCACCAUCGCAUGAUGUCACCAGCACAAACGGCAAUGCCUGGCCAGCCUGCGCUAAUGAGCAACCCUGUGGCUGCCGUGGGCAUGAUCCCAGGCAAGGACCGAGCCCCCGCGGGGCUGUACAGCCACCCGGGCCCUGUGGGGUCACCUGGGAUGAUGAUGUCAAUGCAGGGCAUGAUGGGACCCCAACAAAACAUCAUGAUUCCCCCCCAGAUGAGGCCCCGAGGUAUGGCUGCUGACGUUGGCAUGGGAGGAUUUAGCCAAGGCCCUGGAAACCCAGGGAACAUGAUGUUUUAAGCUGCUACCAUAAGACUGGAUGUUCCGAUCCUUGUCAAGAUGAGAUUCCAAGUCCUGAGGGCUUUUUUGGGAGCUUCAGGAGUACAGUUUGGCCAUGCAAUAGGUGAAAAGAGACCAGAGGACACUUUGGGAAAUCUCGAAUGUAUGGAAUUACCUGAAAAAAAAAAAAUUAUUCAUUUUAACAGGUUGUUUUUUUUUUUAAGAUUUAUUUUUUAAAAAUUAUUUUUGUGGACUUGGGUAUCCCGUGAUGGCACCUGCUUUGAGAAUCUGUAGCUGUAUUUUGAGAAUUGCCAUUUGUCACAAGUUGCACCAUUCUCUGUAUGUUUACGUCCUUCGGACUGGCUUCUCCCAGGACUCUCGGUUAUUUUGGGUUUUUUUUUUUUUUGUGUACUGUACUAUAUUGUAAAAGGGAUUUUAGCAGAGACUUUAGUCUUUGGGGUGAGAGGAGAAUGGGAUUCUAGGCUGUUUACUUUAGGUGGAGAAUCCAUCUUCAGAACUUCGGACUAUUUUCCUUCAACUCCAAUGUAUAGAAAAACCAAACUACGACCUCAGAGCAGAGUAUUAAUGAAAAGCACAAAAAGGAACUUAAGUUCAGUGAGGGGAAUCUUUUAAAAGAAAUAAAUAAUAAGUUAAGGACAUAUUUUUCAAAUUAUGGCGUGCUGUCCAGCACCUUCUGUCUCUCCCUCCCACUCUUUAUUAAAUAGGCUUCUCUCUCUCUCCGUCCCCCUUCUAUCUCCUCCUAUGGCAGCUGCAAUACAUUGUGUUAUUUUGGGGGGUAAAUCUAGGUGCGCCUCUCCUCACGUGGGGACUCUUCCCACUUCUAGGAAGGGGCUGGACUUGGACACUGUUACAUUCUACAGUAGUCUCUCUCACUGUUUCCUAUUCUCCUUUUCUUAGAAACCCCAAGUGAUUUUAUUAAUGUGGGAGUGGAACAGACACUAAAAGUUAUCCAGAAUUUUUUUUCGUGGUUAUUUUUUUUUCCUCCCCAGCGUAAAACGUUCUGUGUAACCUCCAUUAAAUUUGGUACAAAACCACUCGCCAGGGCUGUGGUGUCAGAAAAAUAAAAUAUAUUGUUUCUUACAAA